AUGGCAAAACCUCGUGUGAUUUAUUGGUUCCGAACAGAUUUGCGACUUCACGAUUCACCUGCUCUCAAAGCAGCCCUAGACCUUGAUCCAGCUGUUCUUUGGCCCAUCUUUACGUGGGAUCCUCAUUACGUAUACCGUGCGAGAGGAGGCCUUAAUAGAUGGCAGUUUCUCCUGGAUUGCCAGAAUGACCUCUCCCGAUCUAUUUCACAGGUGAACCCCAAGUCAAAACUCUUUGUUCUCAGAGAAGCACCGCAGACUCUGUUUCCCAAGCUCUUUAAAGCAUGGAAGGUCACUCACCUGGUCUUCGAAAAAGACACAGACAGUUAUGGUCGCGAGAGAGAUAGCGUUGUCGUCCAGGCGGCUAAAGAUGCCGGUGUCGAAGUCCUUGUUCGUUCGGGCAGGACGUUAUGGGAUAGUGACCAGAUAGUCGAGAAGCAUGGCGGAAAGCCAACAAUGUCUAUCACGCAGCUUCAAACUGCCGGGAGCAAGCUUGGGGAGAUCCGGAAACCCAUUCCUGCUCCCAAACAUCUUCCGGAUCCAGGAGACAUGCCCGUCAACUUUGAGCAGGACGAACCGAAUACCGAGCCAGAUUUCAAUGCAGGAUUUCGGACAGAAGGAGAUGAAGCUUACACCAGGAUAGCAGGGCCUAACGAUGACUUUGCCAUUGAAACAAUGGAGGAACUGGGCUUCCCACCUGCGACCACACCCCAUCGUGGAGGAGAAACACGAGCGUUGAAAGAACUCGACAAGUUGAUUGCAGAUAAGAAAUACACUGCAACUUUCCAGAAACCCAAGACGAAUCCAGCUCAAUUCGAACCACAAGCUACCACUCUCCUCUCGCCAUUUUUGCACUUCGGGGCGCUUUCUGUGCGUUUGUUCUACUGGCGAGUAAGGGAAAUCGUCGAUUCGUAUGGCAAGGAUGCUUCAAACCCCCCAGAAAGUCUUAUUGGUCAACUACUCUUCAGAGACAUGUACUUCGCCGCUCAAGCCGCUUUGGGUUAUGUCUUCUCGCAGACGGCGAACAAUCCGUAUUGUCGUUUCAUUCCUUGGCACUUGCCAUCCAAAAGAGAUUCGGAAACGGGACUCAUUACUGGAGAGUAUCACAUUGACUCCGAGGAGGCAGAGAUCUGGUUUAGAAGAUGGAGAGUUGGAAUGACCGGGUUUCCCUGGAUAGAUGCCUUAAUGAGACAGCUAAAAGACGAAGGCUGGAUCCAUCACCUGGGACGGCAUGCGGUUGCUUGCUUUCUGACAAGGGGCGGUUGCUAUAUUGACUGGGAGCGAGGGUGCGAGGUCUUCGAGGAAUGGCUCAUAGACCAUGAGCCGGCUUGCAAUGCUGGUAACUGGCAGUGGCUGUCUUGUACGGCCUUCUUUUCACAGUACUUCCGCUGCUAUAGCCCGAUAGCCUUUGGCCAGAAGUGGGACAAGGAAGGGAAUUUCAUCCGUCGUUAUGUGCCAGAGCUCAAAAAUAUGGACUCCAAGUACAUAUAUGAACCGUGGAAAGCCCCUCUCCCGGAUCAGAAAAAGGCAGGUGUCCGCAUAAAGGGCGAUGGGUUGAACAGUAUCGAGGAGGGAACAUAUCCGAAACCAAUGUUUGACUUUACGAAAAGACGUGACGUGUGCAUCUCUGCUAUGAAGACUGCAUACCAGGUUGGUCUUCAUGGGAAUGAUGGCCAGGCGCUUGAUGGAACCUGGCGCAAACUCUUUCCUACUGGUCGUGGGGAGAUUCAAGGCGAUAUUGAGAGUGAUAAUGGCGAGCACGCUGAUUAUGCAGACGACGAAGGGGAUCGUGAGGAUAAUGAAGCGAAGGAGAAAGGCGAAGGAAUAAAGUCUAUCGAAAAUGGGGAUCGAGCAAUGAGUAAACGGAGCAGUAGACGGCACAGCAGCGAGAAUACCACAAAAAAGCAGAAGACAUGA